AGCGGGCACUGGUUUUGUGAGUAGCGCACUGAGUGUGACCUGCGUUUGAGAAUAUCUCACCACUGUGAGCUUCAAGAUGGUUGACAGCCUCGUCAAUACCCGGGCAAAUGCCAAGCGGAUUGCAAACAUCGAGAAUUGCUUUGGAAGCUCCGGGCAGCCAUUGGCUUCCCAUGGUCGUGUGCUUGUGGGAGAGGGUGUUCUCACAAAGAUGUGUCGCAAAAAGCAAAAACCGAGGCAGUUCUUCCUCUUCAACGACAUACUCGUCUAUGGCAACAUCUUGAUCAACAAGAAGAAAUACAACAAGCAGCACAUUAUUCCAUUGGAAGAAGUCAAGCUGGAGAACCUAGGGGACGAUGGAACUGGGUUGAAGAAUGGCUGGCUCAUCAGGACCCCGACCAAGUCUUUUGCCGUCUAUGCAGCAACUGCCACAGAAAAGACAGAGUGGAUGGCACAUAUCAACAAAUGUGUUGAGGACACUAUCAGGAAAACUGGAAAAUACCCAACCAAGGAGCAUGCUGCUGUGUGGGUUCCUGAUGCUGAGGCCGGCUACUGCAUGCACUGUCGAAAGACCCAGUUCACCAUGCUGAACCGUCGGCACCACUGCCGCAAGUGUGGUACCGUGGUCUGUGGCCCCUGCUCCAACCGCAAGUUCCUACUGCCAGCACAGUCCACCAAGCCUCUGCGGGUCUGCCUCACCUGCUACGACGCUUUGUCAAGGGCGUCCAUCUUGGAGUUGACCACGGGUGGCAUGGCGAGAGUUCAACAAAAGAUGGACAAGCCAGUCCCUGGUGCUGACUCCUCCGGAGAGGAUGACUCUGACUAUGACGAUGAUGACAACAGACGGGCAGAUGGUUCUGCAGACAAUGGACUGUCCAAGGACAUAGAUGGCCUGACAUUUGACGAGAAGCCCACAUUCUACGGAGACAUGAUGGAAGCCAAGAGCCCCGAGUUGGAGGUUGCCGAAGAAGCCAAAGCAGUGCCGGUGUCAACGCAUCCGGAAGAGUCAAGCAGCUUGCAAGAUGUGUUGCCCACUCAUGAGAACGCAAAAGGAGAUGCCCCGGUUGUGGAUCCCAUGGCUGGAGGAGAACCCCACCCAGACGGACACUGAGGCAGCCUGUUUUUGCUGUCCAUACGAUGCAAUCCUUUGCCCCCAGGGCAUCUUUUGUUCGAAGGUGCUUUCUACACUGUUUGGGAUUACUCGUGCACUUGUUGCUGCGUGGUGCUGGUUUCCUGCGUUCGUGCGGCUGCCUUUUGAUGUGGGCGAUCCAGGGUUGGGGUUCAAUUUUUUUUCCCCCCAAGAUAUCUGCAACAUCACACUGAGAAACAGUCCCAUCUUACGAAAGCCCAGUGUUGCAUCUGUGCAAUGCGGCACGGAUCUUUCAAACUGCAUUCUUCUAAGGCAGAUAGAAUACUUGUCUAGUGCUUCUGAUGGUGCGUGGCCUGUCUACAGGCGUGACUUAUUGUUGCUUCGGUCCUUCUAGUAUACUUGACGAUGCAGCUCCUUUCUCAAUUCGUAAUUUUGAAUAAGGCCUAUGGUGUUUUCAAGUAUUGCUGUGUUGUACAAUACUUGCGGAAUGAAACGUGACAGGGAGACUUUAAAGUAUAACGCUCUAUAUAUACGCAGCUACUUGACAGUGCCGUGUCAUGUCGUUACGAAUCUGGUCAUUAAAGGUAAUGCGGACUGUGAUCUCGAGUGAACGAGCCAAAAUUACACUGAUGUUGCACGAAUGGCAGAUGGUGGAAAUGAAAGUAUGCACAUUAGUUAGAUGCUGUGUUAAUGCAUCUCAUUCCGUGAGUAUAGUACAGGUUGAAUCUUCAAGCUAUGCUGUUUGAAUUGAAGGUAUACUUGCAAGCCUCUGCUUUAAAGCACUGGAUAGCUUGUAGUAUUUUUCAAAUGUCCAUAAGAUGGGACCACUUUGCAGUGCAAAUAAAUAGGAGUGUGUCAAUGUGUGUUACACCUAUUCGUAACAGUAAGUUGAGAGAGAGCUUGUUAUGAAGUCAUUGGAAGCCUAUAUUGGAAGAAAUUUGCUUGAUACAGUGCACCAAAGGUGACCACCUGUUUCUAGCAGAACUAAAUCAGUAUUAGUGUGCUUUAGCUUAGCGUGGAUGUUAUAUACUGGAAGACAUGUUCCGAGACCAGUAAUGACGUUAUGAUAAAUUUAUGAUGUGCUAGAAGCUUGCUUUCUUAUAUUCCACUACCCUUCUCUUUGACUAAGGAAAGGUGCAGGAUUACUUUCUUAAUUACAAGCUUGCUGACACGUUUAAGCCACGAAAUUUUAAGCGAUCAUUGCAAUAAGCGUUGUGUAUGCUUUGAACACGGCGUCGUAGGAUGUUUCUGCUCGUACUGCUUUUCGCAUCAAGGUCUUCCAGUAUUGUGACACAGGUCUUUUCUAUGCAAAAAAUCUCUUGUCCUAGCACCAGUUCGAUGGCAAAAACUGUGCGAAGCUCGCUCGGCAGUUGUCAGCGAGUGUAACGUACUUCAUCUGAGACACAUCAUAGGGCAACGACAUAGGCAGCGUGCUGUCAUGUUACGCACAAUUUGGCACGAGAACUCAUCAUUUGCUGCCAGUCAUAAGUGCCUGCUGAGCAGAGCUUCGUCCUGACAUGAUUAGGACGGAGUUGACUUUGUAGCUGCCCGUUGUUGAUGAGGCCGUGUGGAUGCGAAGACAAUUAAGCAGGGAUAGUAUCGCUAUCAGCAGAUGUUCGUGAGAAGAUUACAGAACUGCAACUGAUAUUAAGUUGCCAUUCAGGUUCCAUUCACGUUGGCAGAGUGGGAUAUCUUCCUUGUUCUUUUUUUUUUUUGUCAUGCAUGUUAAGUGGUGCUUUCUGUUAGCAUAUACAUGUGCCAGAGCAAAAAUUAUGCAAUGCUUGUAUGCCUUGACAGGGGUGCCACUGCUGCAUAUUUUUAUUCGAUCCCAGAACAAUGUGCAAGGUUUCCAGUUGUGCUUAGAGUAGAUGCUAGCAUUUGUUUGUUAAUCCAGGCUCUGAUGCCAAAGGAAUGUCCAGGCCAUGAGUGGGGGCCAGCAAUAUGCCACUAUUGAGAACUGCGCCAUGUGCAGCAUGAGCCACGGAAAAGUUUAGCUUUGCCUGGCUGGUCAAUUGCACUGUGUUUGCGCUUUCACACCUUUUCCAGGCCAACUUUUAUGUAGAGGGGAUUUCUCAAUGUGUUUGUUUCCUGUUAGACAUUAAUUUAUAGCUGUAUUGGUUGAUGCAUUUUUAGUUGUGCUGUGCUGCUUCUCGAACAACUGCUUUCAGACUUGGUUUGCCGACAUUUUUUUUGUGUGUGUGAAGCUAAUGCAUACGGAGAUGCUUAGAGAAUCCAAAUUGAACAGUCCAGCAUUUCUUGCCAGCUCUUUCUCAUAAUGCUGAUGGAACUGCAUUGCUUAUUAAUGUGUCUAGCUUUAGGAUACAAUUGAAGCUGUUUUCAAGUGCUUGAAAAGUCGUCACUGCACAAUGUUUACUGUUUGUACAAGAUGCAUCAUGACAGUCAUUGCUCACACUUUUUAAGUGCAAACUUGUCAAGUACGUAAUUCAUAUCGGGAAUGUAAAUUUAGGCUUGGGUAAAACAUCAAUUAUGUACUGCACAGUCGGACAAUCUGAAAUCAAGGUGCAACGUAUUGUGCACAUUUCCUUGAAAUUGAUUGCCGUGUGUGAAUAGGGCAUGUAUGAUAGUUUGACAGAAAUUGAAACUGAUGUUUGAAUUUCAUGUUGAGAUGUGCGAUUAAUUUACAGCAGCAGAUGUCAACGUUGUAAAGUUGUCUUGUAUCUUUUACUAGCCUCUCGUUUUUCGUGUCGCCCACUGCCUUCUUAAAUUAUGAACCUGGGUUCAAAGCUUUGCCUGCCGUCCAUGGCAAGGCAAAAUAGAAAAAAAGAAAGGGAGUUUUAGAUUUUCAGAAAUAAUUUGUUGUCUUGGUGCCUGUCAUGCUGGUGAUGCUUGCCUGCACAGUUUUCCUUGUUAGCGCUAUAACCAGAGCUUUAGCUUAGUGGAGACAUACAGUCGAAUUUCGUUAUAACAGUCAUAUCAGACCUGAAAAUACCUUCAAUAUAUCUGAUUUUUGUUAUAAGCAUAUAUUUGUUACAUGCUGGGUACUGGUUAGAAAUAUUUUAGAUUUAUUUCGUUAUAUCUGUGUUCAUUUUAUCGAGGUUUGACUGUAUGGUAAAAUACAGGGAGACAGUGUAGAACAGGAAUAGCAGCUUUGGUGGCGACAUAUGAUGCUGUGUUUGAGUUUUGCUCUAAGAUAAAAACGUGUUACAAGAAACUUCUGUAUAGGAAAAAAACAGAUAUGAAAAUACCUUCGUGAUUAUGCAAUGCCAAAAUGUUUAUCCCAGAAGCAGAAUACUGCUGCACAUAACAGCAGUAGUUUUGCAUGCUUUGAUUCCAUACAGCAUCACCGCAUGUUGCCACCAGUUGUGUUGAUACUGUUGUAAGGCUUCCUGUAUCCAGGGCCAGUAUUCUUGACUCGUCACUUUCGGGGAUACUUCAGCUUGACGACGUGUCCAGUGGACAGUUCAAUGGGGUUAUGUCGGUGUUCUGCCUGCUGGCAUAGCCAAUAAGCAUGAACUGAAAGCGGCAUCUUGAAAAGUGGUUGAUGCAGAACACGGCCUUUACUACACUAUGCUAAAACUAUUACGUUGAGGGGCCUGGCUUCAUGGUGGGUAAAUGUAAGCACGGCCCUCAAAAAGUUCUUCUCCAAGUGCCUUUGCUAUGAGGGAAUAGACACUCAUAUCUACUGGUAGAUUACAUAGGUUUUGAAAAGCACAGCACGUGUGUAUGUAUGUGUUGAGUGAGUGUGAUGUAAAUAGCUACAGAAAAUUUUUUUACUAGUGUGACCACAGGGAAAAUCAAUUGUUUUGUGGGUAGACUCUUGUUUUUUUUCGACCACAUAACUUUUGAUCUAAUAAAAUUGUAUAUGGGUCUUA